AUGUGCCUAAGUUGGCCAAAGGAGCAGGAGGUUGCUGGGGCCUGGGGAGGACUGCAGGGUGUGCUGGAAGCUGAUGAGCUGGGGCACAGCAUGGAGGAGCCAAAGGGAGAGAGGAAGAUGAGGGUGUGUUCCAUGGGAACCAGCACCAGCCGGCUCUACAGCGCGCUCGCCAAGACGCUGAGCAGCAGUGCUGUGUCCCAGCACCAGGACUGCCUGGAGCAGCCAGACUCAGCACGGCUGGAUCCUAUAGACCCCAAGGAUUUGCUGCAGGAAUGUCAGAUCGUUCUGCAGAAACGGCCACCACGCUUUCAGAGGAACUUUGUGGACCUGAAGAAAAACGCUACCAGUAACCACCGCCCCAUUCGGGUCAUGCAGUGGAACAUCCUUGCCCAAGCUCUUGGAGAGGGCAAAGACAACUUUGUGCAGUGCCCCAUGGAGGCUCUGAAGUGGGAAGAGAGGAAGUGCCUCAUCCUGGAGGAAAUCCUUGCAUACAAGCCUGACAUCUUGUGCCUGCAAGAAGUUGACCACUACUUUGACACCUUUGAGCCACUCCUGAGCCGACUGGGCUACCAGUGUACUUUCUUCCCCAAGCCGUGGUCGCCUUGCCUAGACGUGGAGCAGAACAACGGGCCGGACGGCUGCGCCUUGUUCUUCCUGAAGGAGCGCUUUGAGCUCGUCAGCAGCGCCAACAUCCGGCUGACCGCCAUGAAGCUGAAGACCAACCAGGUGGCCAUAGCUCAGACGCUGAAGUGCAAUGAAACUGGAAGACUGUUCUGCAUUGCUGUCACCCACCUGAAAGCCCGUACUGGCUGGGAGAGGUUUCGGUCUGCGCAAGGCUGCGAUCUUCUCCAGAACCUGAAGAGCAUUACCCAAGGCGCGAAGAUCCCUCUGAUUGUCUGCGGAGACUUCAAUGCGGAGCCAACUGAGGAGGUCUACAGAGAGUUUGCCAACUCCAGCCUCAACUUAAACAGUGCAUACAAGCUGUUGAGCCCCGACGGGCAGUCGGAGCCUCCGUACACCACCUGGAAGAUCCGGCCCUCAGGAGAGUGUCGGCACACACUGGAUUAUAUCUGGUAUUCUCAGCAUGCCUUGAAUGUGAACUCAGCCCUGGGCUUGCUGACUGAAGAGCAAAUUGGGCCCAACAGGCUGCCAUCAUUCAACUACCCUUCUGAUCACCUGUCUCUGGUGUGUGACUUUAGUUUUAAUCAAGACCCUGACAGACUGCUGUAAGGUGAUGGAAUGCCACCAGGUAUUGCAGUGUCUUUAACUCACCACUAUUUUGUUUUAGAGAAAACUUCUGAAGCUGGAAGCUUUUGAAGGAUGAGGAAAUACUGAUGACUAAUCAUUAUGUCAGGCACUUGCUUGGAGUUACGCUUGCUGUUCAGCACUUGUUAAUCUGGGGCCUCCAAGGGAGGAAGAAAGCAAUCAGUGUUCUUGUAGUGUUCUUGCUGUGUCAAGGUUUGAAAACCAGAAGGCAAAUGAGCUUUAUCCUUUCACUAACCCCCCUGUUAAAGGAUUUAAUCCUCUAAUGAAUGUGGAAGCCUUAGUAUUUAAACCAAAACACUUGUUUGUACAACUUGCCCUGACAGCAUGCUAAUUUUAUUUAUUUCAUGUUA